GGGGACAGCGAUGACUUCUUGUUGGACCUUUAGGCUCAUGUGUGGCUAGUCACACGGGUUCUCACUUCUCAAGAGAUAAAUUGACAAGCGGCUUUUAGGUGACGACUCGUUCCUGCGAGGAAUCUUUUGAUUUUAAGGAUCUUGACAGUGAAACCAAACUAGACCGGACUGUUAGGAUCCAGACCCUAAGCCCUGCACACCAGAGAUGGGAGAAACGAACAUAUUCAAAGCUUUAAGAAGGAACUUAUGAAGGAAGUGAAUGAAAAAGACCUGCUCUAGAUCAAAGCUCAGUGGACCGCUUGGCUACAAGUGAGGAUUUCAAAUGGCGUCAGCAGUUUCACAGAUUCUUCGAACUGCAGCCCCACUAACCAGCUUCACCACUGCCCUGGAUGACAUCACAGAAACAAACACGACUGCCACAGAAACAAAUGCUUCCUGUGAAUUUUCAAAGAUCCCCUCUCACCCUGCUUUCAUAUUUGCAUACUCACUAGUGUUUCUUGUCAGUCUGGUGCUUAAUUGCAUCACGAUGCGGGUUUAUUUCUUUUCCAAUCAGCGCGUCCAGUCCAGCGUCACGGUCUACAUGAAGAACCUGGCCGCAGCUGACUUCUUCCUUUGCCUUUGCUUGCCUUUGCGCAUUGCUAACUACACCAACAGUUCAGAUAUAAUGCGCAACAUUUACUGCAGCUUCGGAGCAACAGCAUUCUAUCUAAACAUGUAUGCAAGCAUUCUCUUUAUGGACUUUAUUGCUGCAAACAGGUACCUGAAGAUUGUCCGGCCAUUGGAGACUCAUGCUCUGCAGACGUUUCGUACCGCUCGACACAUUUCCAUAGGAACGUGGCUUUCCUUGUUAGCCAUGUCUUCCGUCUACUUUCUCCUCUUUCUCCUGACCUCUUGGGGUCACGUUCACAAGCCUGAGAAAAGCGGCUGCGAGGCCUUACACAGUCCCCAGCUCAGUCUGGUCUACAAAAUCACUCACAGUGUGUCUAUGGUGCUCUUCACGUUUGUGCUGGUGUCACUGAUUGCUUUGUACUGGGGGACUUUGCAAAAGAUCAAACAAGCUCAGUUGUCCACACAGACCACAUCCAGAAAUCAAAAAUUCAGGAAAUCGAAGCGUAAUAUGCUGGUGCUCGUGGUGGUUUUUUGUGUAUGCUUUGUGCCCUACCAUUUGGUUAGACUGCCUUACGCAUUCAUCAAACCUCAGACGAAACUCUGCACGGCGCAGGCGUUCUACGUCCUGAAGGAGCUGACUGUCCUGCUAUCGGUGCUCAAUGCUUGUCUGGAUCCGCUUAUAUACUUUAUCUUCUGCAAGGCCUUCAGAGCCCAGCUGGGCCUCAGGAGGAUGUCAGAUUCAAUGAGAGACAGUGACGAUAAAAGCCAGCAAAGACGAAUGAGCAACAUGUUGAGCUACAUUGAAACAAAGAUAUCCACAUUACGGCAUGAAAGUGUCAUUUAACACUGUCCUACUAACAAUGAAACAAACUAUGCAAUGCAGUGUAAUGCAUAAAUUUAUUAGGUGCCUUCCUCUUCUACGUGCAACAUUUUAUUUUCACUUUCAAUUGAUUACAGCAUGAAGAUGAUAUAGUGAAUUUGUUGUAAGAAAUUAAUUUUGAAGAUUCAAAUAGAUUUUUUUUAAUCUUGAACUGGGACUGUAAAUGUGACCUCUUCUACCUGACCACCCAACCAGAAACUGGAAUUGGGGAUGUGCUUUUUUUUCAAGUUAUAGUGCAAUUUAAUGAAUAUACAAAUGGACAGAACAUAAAAAAAUAUAUAAAUAUGUAUAUUUAAUUGCAUAUAGGCAAAUGCAGAAUCAAUCUACAAUCUACUACUGUGUAUAUACUGUUCAAAAGUUUGAAGUCAGUAAGAAAAGUUUUUUUAAAGAAAUGUAUACUUUUAAGGUGCAUUCAAUUGUUCGAAAGAGAGAGUAAAUACAUUUAUAAUGUUACAGCAUAUUUAAGUUUCAAAUAAAUGCUAUUCAUUUCAACUUUCUAUUAAACAAAGAAUCCUGAAAAUAAUGUUUCACGGUUUCAAACCAGAUAAUAGUAAAAGAGUGUUUCUUGAAGACUGGAGCUGAAAAUUCAGCUUUGCAUAACAGGAACAAAUUACAUAAAAUGUAUAUUUUGUAUAUUUAAAUGUACAGUAUGUUUUAUAUACUUCUUAAUAUUACUGUUUACUGAUCAUAUGAUUGCAAUAUGCAUGUAUAGAAUGAUUUUUGGACAUGGUUUUAGCUUGCUAUGAAAAAAAAUACAGCAUUUAAACUUAAAAAUGGCAAAAAAAAAAAAUAAAAAUUAAGUUGUCUUUUUAGCUUAAAAAUAUGUUUUAUUGUUGUUUAAUUUAAUGCUUUAUUGCUAUUUUAUUUUGAAAAGGAGUCGCACAUUAAUUUUGUAAACAAUGAAGCAUUGCUGGUAAUAAUUGUGUAAAAACACUUUGAAAUUACUUCUCUGUUUGUUAUUUAAAUGUCUUUCCCUUUUAAAUGGAAGUAUUGCAUUUUGAGAUAUUUUAUCGUAAAAUGGUAAACCUUAUUUUAAAUGAUUUGGUAUAACUUAUGGUAGAAUUAUGCUAACAAUAUAUCUGCAGACCAAAGGAUUUGCCCAGAUAAUACUGUGCCAAGCUGCAGCUGCAAAACUUUAAUAUUACUGGAUUCCUUGUUUGGUGGGUAUGCAUUGAUUUGUUUUGUUUUUUAAUGAUUUUACUGUGUUACAGAUACUCGAUUCCAUGACGUGCCUGAAAGCACAAACGCUGUUUGUGAGUUGCGAGUUGAAAGUCAAAACCAACCUGUUGUCUUUCAAACCAGGAACUUACAGCACAGAGAGCGCAUGCAAACGAGAGCCAUAGACUAGUGGUUUGUGGUUGUCUACAGACACAGAAUCUGGAAAGUUCACGUUUCCGCUGCGUCAUUUCACUUCAUUGUAGGUGUGGUAAAUGCUUUCUUUCAUUGGCUGAUAUACUUGAGGCCAAACCCCAAGUAAAACGGAAACAGGAUUUGUAAUGUAGUUGAGCCAAUGGAGAA